UACAUGUUGAUGCUCAACAAAGAGAAAAAGAAAAAAAAACUAAAUUAAGAAUAAGGUUCUGAUAAAACAAUGAUUGAAAUGGGUGAAGGGGCAUUACACAUUUAAAUUAUUCAGAGAGGGCAUAAUUAAGUGUUUAAUGCCAUGUUGUAGUUAAAAGGAACAACAAAGGAAAUUUAAUUCAAAUUACAAAUGUAAAAGAGACGCAGAUUUUUGAGAGAUGAGAACUUUGUGUUGAGUCAUUUGAUUUGGUCUCUUUCCUCCAUCAAACAGUUGGGCAGAGCUGGAGAUCUCCAGAGAUAACAAUGUCACAUUGUCACAUAGGGUUCUGCUACAAAUCCUUAAUUACAAAAAGAGGAUCAGAUGACUACAGCAUCCAAUACCGGGGUCUCCAGGCGGCAUGGGGGUCUUUGAUCAAGAAAAUCCAAUUAUUUGUGUAUAUACAUUUCCCACAUAGUGAUUACUUCAUUAAUUGUCCCGCCUUUAUCUCCUCCCUUCCCAUCCCCCUUAAUAAUCAGCUCCUUUAUCCAGACCAACAAACACACCAUAGGAGCUUUGUGGAUUCAAAGGAUUUGCUUUCCCCUCUCAAAGAGCCGCUAUUCUUUGAUGAUUGGGCAGCGGCAAACUUCAAAGUAAUAAAUCUUAUUUCUGACUGGCUGGCGGCCCACCAAAGUCCUUAUCAAAUUCUAAGAAGUGAUCCCUCACUCUUCAGAUAGACCAAGGAUAUCUCGGAGAGAGGAAGCACUGGAGAGUGGAGACCUGCUCGACGCGGUAUUUUACUGCGAAUGCACAUAUUUAACUGAAAUUAGUGCUUUUAUUUUUAUUUGUUUUCAUCAGAGAAGGAGGAGGACGUUUAUCAUGGCAGCAGUGGCUGUACUGCGGAAUGAAACACUCCACGCUUUUCUUCAGGAUCGCACUCCAAACUCUUCUCCAGAGAACUGUAAGCACUCUCCGCUGGCUCUCCUGGCUGCCACUUGUAACCGGAUCGGGCAUCACCACGGAUCAAACCACACAGAUUUCCUCCAGGUCCCUUACGACCCAACUCUGGGCUCCCCUUCGCGUUUAUUUCACCCAUGGACUAACGAGGGAAGCCCUCAGAGCAGCCUGGCCAGCAACUCUACUUUCGGACUAUCCUCCAAACCCCAGUUGUCUGCGCACAUCCAGAGCUCCUUCAGCUCGCACCACGAACUGCCCCUCACUCCUCCGGCGGACCCCUCGUACCCCUAUGACUUCUCCCCUGUGAAGAUGUUACCUUGCUCCAUGCAGUCUCUGCAGUCUUCCUGCCCUCCCACCUACGUUCCCGCCGUCAGUUACGCAGCCCCGACUCCCAUUCCGCCUGCAAUGCCAAGUUUUGUCACGGGACCCUCCGGCCUUGUGCAUCAGCAGCAGAGACAGUUAUCCCCAAACCCUGGAGAGGAUAUUCCGUGGUGGAGCCUCCAGCAGGGGAACCAUGUCAGUCACUCUGCCUCCCUUGGUCCCCAUCGCUUCCAGCUGCAGAGGGGCUUGGUUCUGGGACAUACGGACUUUGCGCAAUAUCAGACGCAAAUCGCGGCUCUGCUGCACACAAAGUCUCCUCUCGCAACUGCGCGGCGGUGCAGAAGGUGCAGGUGUCCGAACUGCCAGUCCUCCACGUCCAGCGACGAGCCUGGGAAGAAGAAACAACACAUUUGUCACAUACCGGGAUGCGGGAAAGUUUACGGGAAAACUUCUCACCUCAAGGCGCACCUGAGGUGGCACUCUGGAGAGCGGCCGUUUGUGUGCAACUGGCUGUUCUGUGGCAAGAGUUUCACCAGGUCGGAUGAGCUGCAGAGACACCUGAGGACUCACACGGGGGAAAAGCGCUUUGUUUGCCCGGACUGCUGCAAAAGGUUCAUGAGGAGUGACCACUUGGCAAAACAUGUCAAAACUCACCAGAACAAAAAAAGCAAGUGCCACGACAAGACACUUGACCAUGUCAAAAGGGAGGACACGAGGAAUAUGUUGUAACACACCUUGUAGUCAUUUUAAACAGUAGAAAUCACUAGUGCAAUACAGUCAGUCUUACAUUAGCAAAGUACACAGUGAGCUGCAUUUUUUUAUAGGGUAUUUUGUUUAUUUUGAUGGUUGAUUUCUUACAUCCUGACAAUAGUCUCUAACAUUGCUGGUCUGUGUAGCACAUAUUUGUACAUAAAGUUUCAUAAGUUAAUUUGGGACCAUGGAGAAGUUAUAGCUCAUGAGUUUGAAUUCACUGUCUAUAUCAUACCAAGGAAGACAAGUUUUCAACUUGUGUUUGAUCAUUGUCUUCGGUGGAAGAUUUCACUCCCCUGUAAACUAUAUUUAAUAGCUUUUGUUGAAUGAAAGUGUCAGUUUUUUGCUCCAUAUGGGGUGUUUUUAAGCAUGCUCUUGAAAAGAUCUGCUAUUGUUGAUAUGACCCAAAUACUGUGUGAGAAUAAAGAUUAUAACAUUUUCCUCAACUCUAAA